AGUAUGAACCGGACAAAAGCAAGUCUACAAACUGUGGGAGUGAUAUCCGGUGAUGACGUCAUCCGGUCACCCAUCCUGACCUUGACCUACGUUAACCGCUUCCGGUGAAGAACGUGGUUUUUUCUGUGUGAUGUUUAUAAACAUUUUUCUAUGAUGGUGUUCCUUGCUGAAUACUCAUCUGUGUUUAUUUCAUGGACCGUAGCAGUGGAUUGUGAACAAUUGACAAUGCAGGAUCAGUUAGGAGUACUUGGUGCUGUCUUCGCAGAGAUGGGAUUUAAUCCAGGUGAUGAGGUUAGUGAGGCAACUGUAAAGGAAUGGAUUAAGACGAAGGCUAUUAAAGAAGAUCCUGAUGAACAGCCGGCACCUGCCCAUACUGUGACAGUUAAUCCUGCGGUGAGGAUUUCAGUUUUCUCAGGGGAGGAAAAGGACACAGCUUAUGAUGUGUGGCGAUAUGAGGUGGGGUCCUUGCUGGUAACACAUGGAGAGGAAGUGGUGGCCACAGCAUUGAGGAGGUCAUUGAAGGGAAGAGCCAGUAAGGUAGCGAUGAAUGUGGGACCUAAGGCAAGUGUAGGGGCGAUUGUUGCCAAGAUGGACAGCAUAUUUGGAGCAGUUGAGAAGGGCGAAACCUUGUUAGCUAAAUUCUUCAGUGCUCGUCAGAAGGAGGGAGAGGAUGUGUCUACAUGGAGUUGCAGACUUGAGGAUAUAAUGAAUAAGGCAGUACAACAAGGAGAUGUCCCAGAUCGGAAUGCAGAGGGAAUGCUACGUACAAUGUUCUGGACUGGGUUGAGACGAGAAAUCAAAGAUGUUACAGGUCACAAGUAUGAUACUGUCAGACCGUUUGAUGAUCUGAGAAUUGCAGUACGCCAAGUCGAACGUGAUUUGAUGCAGCGGGAAGAGGAGACAACUCAAGGUAAGGCAGCUGAUAAGGUCAAACCUGUUGCGCAUAUGGCUGCAGCUACAGAUGAGCUGAAAGAGAUGAAGGGACUUAUCCAGCAAUUGACAACAGAUAUGGCGGAAAUGAAGAAAACCCAACAAAAGUCUACAGUAAAGCAGAGUGGAGCUAAAGCAGACAAGGGUAAAGGUUCCCAUAGUAACCAGAAAAAAGGAUCUCAGUCUGGGUAUCAGUCCAAUUAUACUCAAGGCCAGCAGCAGGCGAGAUUCCAGCCACAGCAGCCAAAUCCAGUUCAACCACAGCAUCCCCUGGCCCAGCAACGAGGCAAUCCUCCACCACCACCGUAUCGAGGAAAUGAGCCCCAAUGCUACAGAUGUGGACAGUAUGGACAUAUACAACUAGGUUGUCGUGCUAACAUAGAUCAUCGAUGGGAAGGUUUAAACGCCAAUCAGUCUGCGAUGUAG